UAGUUUUUAGUGACUCGUCCAUCAGCGUUGCGGGGCGCUACUGAGUAAACAGAAGAGAUGAUGAUGGACCGUCGGCUUUCUCCCGAAUAGCAAAGCGGCUUUACAACUUUUCCCCCCCUUUAACAUUUUAUAUUCAUACAUACAGCUAGCGAGACAGUUUGUGAGGCUUUAGAUAGAGCCGAGCGUUAAAACUCGAACUGUAACGCACUCACAUUAAACACGGCUUUAAUGGUAAUGCAUGCACGGAAACAGCCGAGACUCACUGAUGGGUGUAACGAGCGAAGGGAUUAUCAGUCUUACCAGACCCUCAAGUACCAAUCCAAAAGUCACUCUGCAAACGAGCACCGUCAUGACAAGCUCCACAACUCAUCGGACCAAACGCCACCGAGCAAGAUGCUGCGGCGCUCCGACAGUCCCGACAGCAAGCGAGGAGACGGAGACGGGAGAACACCUCUCGCACACCGAGCCAAAGAGAGCAGCACCAGCUCUUCUCCACACGAGAACUCCGUCAAUCACGGCCAUCACAGCGCCAACUCUCACACUCUUCCACCCAAAUGUGCAGAAAUGCGCGAUCCGGCCGACGACUGGUCCGAACACAUCAGCUCGUCGGGAAAGAAAUACUACUACAACUGCAGAACAGAGGUGUCGCAGUGGGAGAAGCCCAAGGAAUGGCUGGAGAGGGAGCAGCGACAGAAGGAAGCCUCUAAGGCCGUCGUGGUCAACAGUUUUCCCAAAGACAGAGAUUACAGACAGGAGGCCAUGCAGGCGGCUGCUGCCAGCGCCGUCACUGCUAUGAAGCCCGUUCCGUCUGAGAAGGCGUCGUCUCAUUGCGGUUUCUCCCAGGCGUCCUGCAGCUCCUCCGGCGGCCCGAACGUCUCGAGCGCCCCCGGCUCGUCCACGUCGCACUCCUCCUCGCACUCCUCGGCUCUCCUGCAGGACCCGGCCCUCCUCAGGCAGCUGCUGCCGGCGCUCCAGGCCACGCUGCACAUCAACAACUCCAGCGUGGACAUGGCCAAGAUUAACGAGGUCCUCACAGCUGCUGUCACCCAAGCUUCCUUACAGUCUAUGCUUCAUAAACUUCUCACUGCUGGACCGUCUGCUUUCAACAUCACUGCUCUGCUUUCCCAAGCCGCUCAGUUGUCCACACAAGCUCAGCAGCCGAGCCAGUCGCCCAUAUCCGUAACUCCGGAUACCUCGUCGCCCAAGUCCUGCCUCGUGUCUCCCCGAGUGAGCACGCCUCAGACGAACAGCAUGGCCUCGAAGCCCCUCUCGAACGCCAGCUCUUUGCCGUCUCAAAUAAAGGUCAGCGAGUCGGGGGUGAAACCGGCGCUCCAGCACUCCUCUGAGAAAACGUCGGACGUCGAGGACCCGCGGCUUCAUCGGCAAAACAGCCAAGGCCAAGGUCCUCAGAGUUCAGGGCCGAACGGGUGCCUCCUGAACAACAGCGCGCCUGCGUGUCCACCGACCACCUUCAGCCCGUCACUAGCACUGCACUUCAACGAGAAUCUCGUUCGACACGUCCAGAGCUGGCCUUCAGAUCACGUAGAGAAGCAGGCGGCGAGGUUACGCGAGGACGUCCACAGCAUGGGCAGCAUGAACAUGUCCGAGAUCUGCGUGGAGCUGAAGAAGCUGCGCUCUCUGGUGCGAGUGUGUGAGAUCCAGGCUACGCUGCGAGAGCAAAGGUAAACCAUCGCGUCGAGUCCUCUCCGCUAGGUGGACAAGGGAUCCUCUUCUUGAGACAAGAGAUCAAGGAGCUGGAGAAACUGAAGAACCAGAACUCCUUCAUGGUUUGAGAAGCGGUGACGUCGGUUUAAGCAGAAGGAACUCAGCAGCUGGCUGCCUUUUCUGAACCGUGGACCUACAGACUGGACCGGACCGGGCUUUCUCUCCAAAGCUGGAGAACCAAAAACAAAAAAAAUGCUGAGAAAAAUAAAAUUAAAAAAAAAAAAAAAGCUCACCAAGGGUCACGCUGUCCCGCUACACAAAGCCCCGAGGUUCAUUCAUAGAUUCAUCGUUGUACAUACACUUCUCUAUAUCGAGUCAAUAAACAGCAACACAAACACGAUAGGGCGGCAUGCGGGAGAAAGUUCCGGAUUAAAAAAAAAAAGGUUUCUUUAGGAUGAUCUGGGAAGGAACUCCUUUGACUAAACGGCGUAUUCAUCCGCUCUGUAACUGUCGUCUCGCUCCCAGUCUCGCCGGCUCGUCGUUUAGGAUUUUUCACAAUCCGGUUUCACAAAGAGCGCGCGCAUCCGUCGUGGACUCAGACCGGGUAUAUCUGUCCUAAAUAAACAAACGCUGUUUAUCCGUUCAGAGAGGAUCCUGUCUGAUUUACUCGUCAUCUUUUAAUGUGCUUCGAUACGGCCUUGGCAUUUUCUACUAAUUUUUAUUUUUAUUUUUAUUUUAUUUUUUUUACCUUGUGUAAUAGGUCAGCUGAGGUCAAAACUUUCCCCUUGCCUUUUUCCGUUCCAUGUGCUUCUAGUGUAACGUCUCGACACCUUGAAUAUUUUGAUCCGUCUUUCCAUACAGUGAUCGUUUUCCACACGUUCAGGCGUUCGUUAUGAUUUACGACAGCAUUUGCACUAACUGAUUUGAUAUGAACCCACUUUGUGUAUCGAUCUUUAACCCAACGUAUCCGCUGUAAGUACUUAACGAGGCUCAAUCCAUUAAACCUCAUUUUGCCUCUG